AUGGGGAAGGACCAGGAACUGCUGGAAGCUGCUCGCACUGGGAAUGUGGCUCUGGUGGAGAAACUCCUCUCUGGGAGGAAAGGAGGGAUCCUGGGCAGUGGAUCUGGAGCUAUUCCCUUAUCCAGCUUACUGAGCAUCUGGCGAGGACCAAAUAUAAACUGCACAGACAGUUCAGGUUAUACUGCUUUACAUCAUGCAGCUUUAAACGGUCACAAGGAUAUAGUUCUCAAAUUACUUCAGUAUGAAGCAUCAACUAAUGUGGCAGAUAAUAAAGGUUAUUUUCCUAUUCACUUGGCUGCUUGGAGAGGAGAUGUAGAUAUUGUGAAGAUUCUCAUCCAUCAUGGACCAUCACACUCCAGAGUCAAUGAACAGAACAAUGAAAAUGAAACAGCACUGCACUGUGCAGCUCAGUAUGGUCAUUCAGAAGUAGUUGCUGUCUUGUUAGAAGAGCUAACAGACCCUACAAUAAGGAACAACAAACUAGAAACACCUCUGGAUUUGGCAGCACUUUAUGGACGUCUGCGUGUUGUAAAAAUGAUCAUCAAAGCAUAUCCAAACCUCAUGAACUGUAAUACAAGAAAACACACUCCUUUGCAUCUUGCUGCACGUAAUGGCCACAAAGCUGUUGUACAGGUGCUUCUGGAGGCUGGAAUGGAUGUCAGCUGCCAAACAGAAAAAGGAAGCGCACUACAUGAAGCAGCCCUAUUUGGGAAGGUGGAGGUAGUACGCAUUUUGCUUGAAACAGGAAUUGAUACCAACAUAAAGGACAGUUUGGGUAGAACGGUUUUAGAUAUUCUUAAAGAACAUCCAUCUCAGCAGUCACUCCAAAUUGCAGCUCUACUUCAAGGUCCCAGAGUUAGCUCUGUCCCAGGUAACUGGCAGAAAUGUGCAUCGAAAGGCAAGGAGGAAGAUAUGGGUGAGGGAAGUAGGACUUCCCGUUAUCAGCAGAAAGAUGUUCCUAAUUUGUCUCAGGCUGUAUGGUGA